AUGAAGCGGCUUGGGAGGGGAGGGAUGGAGGCGGUUGACGACCCAAAUGGUGUUGGGGUUGGGCAAAGAGGUUCGGCGGAUGGCGAGGUAGAAUUUCGACGGGCCUGGGCUUGGGAAGAAAUUGAAGAAGCCAAGUUGGAAAGUGUUGUUGAGGUUUUGCAGAGUAGUGUUGCCUUGGAGAAUGAUGGUGGCGGAGAGGAGGAAGAAGAAGAGCUUGUUGCCAUCGUUGAAGAAGAGGAGGAGCUGAAGACAAUGAAGGACCACAUCGACCUUGACUCAUCACAAGCGAAGCAGCAAAAAGCGCGUGACUUCAAGGACCUCGCGGGAAGCUUCUUCUCCGCGGCUUCGUUCCAGGACACGCAGUCGGAGAUCGCCGACUACGGCUUCGGGCGGCGGUCUUGCGACACCGAUCCAAGGUUCUCGCUAGAUGUAGAGUGGUUCUCCCUAGACGCGAGGCAACUCUCGCUUGACGCUGGGAGGAUGUCGUUCGACGACCCUCGGUACUUGCUUGAGGAGCCACGGGCGUCGUGGAACGGUUAUUUGCUCGGACGGAGCAAUUUUUCGAGGAUGCCGACGAUGUUGUCGGUGGUGGAAGACGCGUCGGUGCAGCAUGUGAUGAGGACUAAUACGCAGAUUCCUGUGGAGGAGGAGCCGGUGAAUGACGAUGAGGGCGUUCCUGGUGGGAAUGCACAAACUAAAGAGUACUACUCUGAUUCGAGUUCUAGGAGGAGGAAGAGUCUUGAUAGGUCUAAUUCGGUUAGGAAGAGUGUUAGUUUGGAGGUGGAUGAGUUGACUAACAAUGGAAGCGGUGGUGCGAAUGGGAAUGGGAAUUUGAAUGUGAAUGCGAAUGCUAAGAUGACUCCUUCUGGAGUGGAUUAUGUGCAGGGCGUGAGAAUAGAGUUUAAUGAAAGGGAAUUCAGGUCGAAUUCAAUGCGGGAAUAA